GAAGAAUACAUUGCCUUCUCUUGGGUCGCUACACUUAUGUACAUAUGCGUAGUUUUAAAGUGACUAGAUCAACGGUAUAUAAAAAUAAACCGAAACAUAGCAAAUAGCUGACACUCAUGUGCUGGCUUUUCUGUGUGAUGCUACGUUUAAAUGUAGACUUCCUCGUGGUAUACUUGAGCUGCGUCGGAUUAAAGUAGCGGAAGUUAAAGCGCUUCUAACAAUUGAGAAUGUCCAGACUCACGUUUUAUGACAUUGCCUCCCCAUCCCAGAAGAUCGCUAGCAUUUGUUCUGUUUUGGAGGAUUAUGUUCAGCGAUGCAGCCUCAACAACCAAUGACAUUAGUGAGACCAUGUUGAUGUGAAACAUUUAUCUUACCUGUGCUAAAGAUAAUGUAGGAGAUGAACUGCUUUGGAAGUAGGUCAUCCGAUAGAGAAACAUAGUCUGAACAUGUGAAUAGACUUGAACCUUUACCAGUUUCGAAUUAUUACUAGAAAGAAUGUCUGCGGUAGACAAGACAUUGCUUAGUGUGCCGACUCAGCAAGCUUCUGAUGUCGCCAAUGGCACAAAGAGAAGUGGAACAGUCUUGAAAGAAUCCCAGCAUCCUCUACAGCCUGAUGGGGGCUGGGGCUGGGUCGUUUGCCUCACUUCCAUGGCAUGUAAUGGAACCGUUUUUGGAAUCAUCAACACUUUUGGGACGCUGUAUGUCGCAAUGAGAGAGCACUAUGCCAAGGAUGAUCCCAAUGUGUCCUUCAAAACAUCUUGGGUUGGUUCUGUCAACACUGGUAUCACCUUUCUCAUGUGCAUGAUCUCCAGUAUACUCAGUGACCGAAUAGGCAUCAGACUGACUGGCAUUAUUGGAGGAGUCUUAGCUUGCAUCGGACUACUGGCCAGCGCUUUUGUUGAGGAACUCAUGCUCCUGUAUUUAACGUAUGGCAUAAUAACAGGCAUAGGAUUUGCUUGCUCGUAUGCCCCUUCACUGGUUAUCUUAGGCCAUUACUUUAAACGACACAUGGGACUUGUUAAUGGCUUAGUUACGUUCGGUUCAUCAGUGUUCACCAUAGCUCUGGUAUUUGCCUUGCCUGUUCUACUGGACGCCAUUGACUUGAAAUACACUCUGCUGUUUUUAGCCGGCAUGGCGGUACUAUUGAUUCCUUACUCCUGCACAUGGAAGCCAAUCUUUACAAAAGACAAUCUGGCCGUGUCCCAGGCUGCCAUGUCGACAAUGUCCAUAGAAAUGUUACAAAGUCAGUGCCAUGAAUGUUGUAAGUUCACACGAACAUUUUUGAAUGUUAAAAUUUGGAGAAACCGAGGCUAUGUGGUGUGGGCAGUUUCCUGUGGAGUCAGCUUGUUUGGAUAUUUUGUUCCGUUUGUUCACAUUAUUAAAUAUGUCAAUGAUGCUUUCCCUGGCAACAAUGGCAGUAUAUUGAUUAUGUGUAUUGCAAUCACAUCAGGUGUAGCCAGAGUGGCUUGUGGGAAAUUGGCGGAUUUCAAAUGUGUCAACAGAGUCCGUUUGCAGCAAGCAGCGUUUGCAAUUAUGGGCGUAGUGACACUGUGUAUACCUUUCUCUGACAGUUUUGGUGGUCUCAUUGCAAUUUGCUUGAUCAUUGGGGUGUGUGAUGGAAUAUUUAUUUGCUUGCUUGGACCUAUUGCUUUUGACCUGGUUGGGGAAAGGAGUGCUUCACAAGCUCUGGGAUUUUUACUUGGUAUUUUCUCAAUACCAAUGACAGUGGGGCCACCAUUUGCAGGUCUACUGUAUGAUCACUUAGGUUCUUACAACAUAGCAUUUCAUAUAGCAGGUUGUCCACCAAUCAUAGGAGCUCUCAUCAUGUUCUUUAUACCAAGAACAAAACCAAAUGUUCCAGCUGUGACCACAAUUGAGGAGUUCGCUGCAGUCUCUUGUCAUGACAUCUAUCAUAGCAAAUUAGCUUUUGAACAUACAGUAGAGGCUCCAAAAGUGAGUGCAGUUACUCCUGAAGUCAUUGUCAUUGAGGACAUGGAUGAGUUGGAGCAACUAAGAGCAUCUGAUGGAACAAUUAUUAAUGCUAAUGCAACAUUACAGCUACGACUGCCUGACGAAGAAAGUAAAACACAAGAUAGAAACAACUCUACAGAUUCAGAAAUCACAUCUGAGCCUCUAGAAAAUGAACCUAUGUUGCCAGUUCAGGAAACUAAUGCUUCUGUUUGAUAGAAAUCAAGUAACAAAAAAAACAACUGCUAAAUGCAUACGAACCUCAAGUCUUCAGAAACUAAUGCUCAUUUUGUGUGAAUGUUUAAAGAGCUCACAGCUCAGCAGCAAUAAAGCUGGCUAGAAGAAGAAGAAGAAGUGUGAAUGUUUGCUCUCUAGGUGGUGUAUGUCUAGUGUGAAUAGUAAGGAUAUUGUGCCAAUGGUUUUGUGGAAAGAAAAACUUCAGAGAAAAAAAAAUAAUGGCCUACCCACUGUAUACCAAACAAAGCACUGCUCCUAAUUAUCAACUUUAAUGCAUCAAUCUAUCAAUUUUAAAAUUAUUUAAUCAUAUGUAAAUUAUUGUCAUAAUCUCUGUAUAUUGUUAUAUAAGAUUAUUUUUUUCAUGUUAAAGGUGAUGACAAACAGUGAUAAAUAGAUGGAUAUAAUGUGGUAUACAAGCUGAUAUUUAAAUUUGAAUAUAACUGAGCCUAAAUACAAAAAUAUAAAAACAAAAUAUAAAAAUUUCUUUGAUGAAAGGAUUAGACAUUUAAAGAAAAAUUUAUGAAAAAAAAAACAUUAUUUUAUGAAGCAAAAUUUUUCUAAAGUGACUUAUAUUAAUGAAAGCAGAUAUUUCCUUUCAAAUAGCUUAAAAGGCAUCACUAUUUAGUGUGGUGAUGGCAAUUUUUUAUGACUAUGUAGUCCCAGUAGGACAUUUACUAAAAACUUCAUUCAGAUCAGCAAGAGAAAUGGCCUCCCCAAUUUAAGUUUUCUAAAAUAUAAUAGCCUACUUUUCAACAUUGGGACUGAAUAAAUAAACAUACAAAAACCUAUCUAAAUGUCUUAAUGGUUUGAGUUCCUGAAACUAUCAUUACUAUUGCCAAAGCAGUGGCAUAGCUAGGGUUUUUUGAUGCCCAGAGGGGCAGCUCCUCAUGAUGUCCUACAAAUAAAAAGUAACGAAAAGACUUUGUUCACAAAAUGAUAUGUAUUGUAAUUCGUUGUUAAAGUAUUGCCUAUUCAUAAAAGCUAAUUUUCCAUUAAAAAAAAAACUAAAAAUGAAUCUUACUCGCUUUCUUACUGGCAAAGCUGUCAAUAAUUUAAUGGAAUAACUUGUUUUUACUAGAACUUGUUUAAUUGUCAAAUUUGUGGGUCUUAAAUUUUGUUUGCAUUCAGCCACUCUUACCGUAAUUGUCAAAUUUGUGGGUCUUAAAUUUUGUUUGCAUGCAGCCACUCUUACCGUAAUUGUCAAAUUUGUGGGUCUUAAAUUUUGUUUGCAUGCAGCCACUCUUACCGUAAUUGUCAAAUUUGUGGGUCUUAAAUUGUGUUUGCAUGCAGCCACUCUUACCGUAAUUGUCAAAUUUGUGGGUCUUAAAUUUUGUUUGCAUGCAGCCACUCUUACCGUAAUUGUCAGAAAUAUGCUAAUCAAUAUGACGAUGUUAUGGACUGAAUUAUCAAAGCAAUAUUUUUUAUUAUAAAACUUAAGAGUUCUGGUUUCGGAAGUUGGGAGGCUUCUGAACAAAUCGUUGAAGCCUCUUUCGAUCCAGAUGAAAAUUAUUUUUGUCAAUGAAGUACAAUCGAGAUUUAUUUUGAUUUAAGGAUUCAAUAGUUGGGAAGGCGACAAAUAUUCACAUUUAUCUGUCAAAUCAUGACGUUGCUCAAUUGGGUGAUAAUUUUAUUUUAACAAUAUUGUCCAAUGAAGAAUAAGUUUCCCUCCGUAGCUCUUUUCUUGUGUGUUAAUACAAAAUCUGCACUAUUUUUGUUUGGUAUCUUUUUCUAGUGACCAAUAAACGUCUUUGAGGUUCUGUACAAUGCACUCAUCCUCAACAAUUAUACUAUAUCUAUAAUAGCUGCAGCAUUGUCCUCACAGCUAGUAAUUAAGAAUAUCUUUAAUGUUGUCAGUUUCAGUGUGCUGUCUCGAAUUGACAAUCUUUUUGAAGGUAGACUUGCGCGUCGUUUAUUUUAAUUAAUAUCGAAUACCAAAACCCAAGGUACGGUAGGUGAAAAAAUUUAAAAGACUGCGCAUGAAUAGCGACUAACAAUCCGGCUGCUUCAGAUCUAAUAGAAGAAUUUUCAUCUGUGCUAGUCAAUGUCUCCAGAGUUUCUGUACUUUUGAAAACGUAACCCUAACUAUCUUGACGGUUUCUCCUUUGGCUUUCCACCAGGUUUCAAUAAAACGCUUAGGGCUACUAGUUAAUGUUAUUUUGAUGAGGAAAUCUGGACGGUUUGAUGAAGUUGAGAAAGUACCGAUAAAUGCUGCUGAAUUGAUUUUAACGUUAAACUUCACCUUUCAGAUAACGACAGGGGCGGACUGGUGUCAAAAUCGGCCCACAAAUUCUCUGUCAUGUGAUGGGCAUCCAUUUCUAGGUGUAUCGGUCCUUAAAAAUCAUUGUUAAGUUUGAUAAUGUAUCGAUAUGCAUGCAUACAGUGAACUCUAUAUAUUAAUAAGCAGUAUAGCGUCUUUUUAAAUUAGCAAUUAUGUAGGCCCUAAAAACAGGAAGCCUACUAGUAGAACUGUCUACAUUCUACAUUUUAUUUUCGGAAAAUGUGUUAGAUUAAAAUAGUAAUACACUGCAAUGUCUGUGAAAGAUUUUUUUUUUAAACACGACGCUCAGAAGGCCUUUUAUAAAAAUAAUAAUAAUAACAUAAGAAUAUUAUAAAACCUUUAACAAAUUGAUAUGUGCCAUAGUGACUUCGAUCAGGCCAUUUUGGUGGCCCUACCGGCCCACCGGGCAUUUGCCCAUAUAGCCAGUCCGCCCCUGCUUAGCGAUAUAUAUGUUAGAUGAUGUUAAGGGCCUCUGUUUCUUUUACCUAUAGUUAACUAACAGGAUGUCUUGUGGCCAGCACAACCACCAACCGCCUUUACUUUCCCCAAUUAAAGUCAGGUAACCAUUUCAGUUGUGUGGAAAUUUAAAAUACCAGUCUUCACCGGCAUUCAAACCCAGUACCCCGGGUUCGGAAACCACGCGCUUAAUCACUGUGCCGGCAACUUUGCCAAAGUCAGAGAAUGGUUCCAGCAUUCAAUGAAUUGUGCUUUUGGAUUGACUUCUAGAUUACACUUGACACAAUUAACAAGAAGCAGUGAACUCAAAAAAAAAAAAAACAACAA